AUGGGAAGUUCUAAAUGUGAAAGUGGCGGCUUCCUCCCCACCUCCUCGGGGACUAGCACCCCAUGGGACACAGCACUCACAUGCACCACAGCCUCUGUCUGGGGGCUUGCCGGCAUCUGCUCAGCCCUCAUCCUCCAGGACGAUGAGGUGAUGGUCACUGAGGGCUUGCCUGCAAAGGGUCUGGCCAGUGGCAACAUUGGGAGCCUGAUCUGCAAGGGAGACGCUGGUAAAUCCACCCCAGCAGCUGGAGCUGCCCCAGCAGCAGGUCCUGCUCCCUCCAUCAGGGCUUCUCAGGCUGAGGAGAAGGAAUUGGAAGAAAAGAAAGGAGAAUCAGAAGAGUCUGAUGAGGAUGUGCACUUUGGUCUUUUGACUAAACCUCUUUUGUAA